CCGUCGCAGACCUUGCCGGAGCGGGUUUUGCAGUGUGCGCCCACAGCCUCCGCCAUUGUGCUGGACGCGGGGCUGGCAUCUACCAUAUGGAGCGGGGGGGAAUCCAGGCCGAAACAAGUGACCUGCGGAGGGGGAACCUAGAUGGGGACUCCCGGGCUGCAGCUUCCAUGCAGCCGGCACUCCGGCGCACAAUGGGCGCACAAUGCCGUGUGUCGCACAUGGGAGCUGCUCCUCGGGGGCUGAGCUUGUCAGCAUCCUCCUACGGCCCUCGCCUCUGAAGUCAGAGAAGAGCCCCUACACCCACAUCCCUCUUGUCCCGUUUUGGGGUCGCCUCCGUCUACCCGGUGCUUAGCCCUAGUGGCCUCCUUAGUCCGACAGAGGAGCAGGACGAUGAUACUGGCAUCUGUGCUGGGGAGUGGCCCCCGGGGCGGGCCUCUGCUCCGUCCCUACCUGGGGCCUGCACUCUUGCUCCGGGCACGCUCCACAUCAGCCACCGACACACAUCAUGUGGAGAUGGCGCGGGAGCGCUCCAAGACCGUCACCUCCUUUUAUAACCAGUCAGCCAUCGACGUGGCAGCUGAGAAGCCCUCAGUCCGCCUCACUCCAACCAUGAUGCUCUAUUCUGGCCGAUCUCAAGACGGCAGCCACCUUCUGAAAAGUGCCCGGUACUUGCAGCAAGAGUUGCCAGUGAGGAUUGCUCACCGCAUCAAGGACUUCCGCAGCCUUCCUUUCAUCAUUGGCUGCAACCCCACCAUACUGCACGUGCAUGAGCUGUACAUCUGUGCCUUCCAGAAGCUGACAGACUUCCCUUCGAUCAAAGACCAGGCGGAUGAUGCCCAAUACUGUCAGCUGGUGCGUCAGCUGCUGGACGACCACAAAGAUGUGGUGACCCUCUUAGCUGAGGGCCUACGUGAGAGCCGGAAGCACAUACAGGAUGAGAAGCUUGUCCGCUACUUCUUGGACAAGACACUAACUUCAAGGCUUGGGAUCCGCAUGUUGGCCACACAUCAUCUGGCACUGCAUGAGGACAAGUCUGACUUUGUUGGCAUCAUCUGCGCUCGUCUCUCACCAAAGAAGAUUAUUGAAAAGUGGGUGGACUUUGCCAGACGCCUGUGUGAGCACAAGUAUGGCAAUGCCCCCCGUGUCCGCAUCAAUGGACAUGUAGCUGCUCGAUUCCCCUUCAUUCCAAUGCCACUGGACUACAUCCUGCCCGAGUUGCUCAAGAAUGCCAUGAGAGCCACGAUGGAGAGUCACCUAGACACUCCCUACAAUGUACCAGAUGUGGUUAUCACCAUCGCCAACAAUGAUAUCGAUCUUGUCAUCAGGAUUUCAGACCGGGGUGGGGGAAUUGCUCACAAAGACCUGGAUCGUGUUAUGGACUACCACUUCACUACAGCUGAGUCCAGCACCCAGGACCCCCGGAUCAACCCACUCUUUGGCCACUUGGACAUGCACAAUGGUGGCCAGUCAGGACCCAUGCAUGGCUGCAGUCCCUGCAGGGCAUUGGCACAGAUGUCUACCUGCGACUCCGUCACAUCGAUGGCCGGGAAGAAAGCUUCCGCAUCUGAUCCCACAGUCCUUGACCCUGCCCAUCCCAGGCCACACACCCUGCUCCACACACUGCUGCAUCUUGGGUCCUAGGACCCCAAAUGGAUGGACUUACAUGGAGCCAGCGCCACCUCUCAACGGGGUCCACUGCUUACCUGCCUCCAGGCCUUGGUGGGGAAGUGGGGACACUUGAGGUCUCCAGCACCAGCUCCUUCCUCGUUCCUGAGGAACCCCAUUUUGACCUGCUGUUUGUUAAUUAAAGUUCACAUUUUGAAUUCUC